UCUUCCCAUUUUCCAGUAUGAUGUGUCAGUUCAGCGUAGUUGAAAGUAAAAGCGCGACGUUCCCAACAGAGAAACCGCGCCACCUGCUGGACGACAGUGUCCUGGAGUCCCACAGCCCUGUCCGAAACCACACGCUCAACUCGGUCUUCACCAAUGGCAUUUCCAUAGGUAGUAGUGAAAGCUCAGAAUUUAGUGAGGAGCUGUCUUCAGGGCUUGAAAGGGGUCGGCUGUACGCCACGCUGGGGCCCAACUGGCGGGUACCAAUUCGGAGUUCUCCGCGAAGUCGAAGCUGUGUCUACAGCCCAACAGGAGCCUGCAGCUGCACGAUAGGGACGUCCACAGGAGUCAUUACCAUGGAAGGGCCAUUGAAGAGGAAAACAUUGCUGAAAGAAGGCAAGAAACCUACUCUCUCCUCAUGGACUAGAUACUGGGUUACACUCUCAGGAUCAACCCUUCUUUACUUUGGAGCAAAGUCAUUAAGAGGCACAGAAAGAAAACAUUAUAAAUCUACCCCUGGUAAAAAAGUUUCUAUUGUGGGCUGGAUGGUGGCACUGCCUGAUGAUCCUGAACACCCGGAUAUUUUCCAGCUCAACAACCCUGAUAAAGGCAAUGUUUACAAAUUUCAGACUGGUUCAAGGUUUCAUGCAAUACUGUGGCACAAGCAUUUGGAUGAUGCCUGCAAAAGCAACAGGCCUCAGGUACCUGCCAACCUUAUGUCGUUCGAGUAACUUGCUCUAAUCUGUUGUGCGACGUCAAGUGCCAAACUGCAGGAGGGGAUGGUCGUUCUGUGAGGUGGCGGCAGUCCCUGAAGUGAGCCAGCUGCCCAUUCUGCACUUUCCUAUGUAACUUGAAAGGGAUUUGGACACAGCUUUUACAAGCAGAGGAAGUGAAUGUUGUCCUUAGGACCAGAUAUAGUCUCAUGCACUGAACAGAAGUAGAGUUUAGACAGGCUGAAGAUAAGUCCUGAUCUGAGGACCCUCAAGCCCUUGACUUUAACCCUGUGGUCACAGACUGCCCUGGACUAAUGUUUGACCACAGACUGUGCAUCCCAUCUUCUGCCUAUUCUUUUUUUAGACUGUUCUUUUUAUUGUUGAGCUGCUUUAUGUGACUGAAGAACAUUUAGCCCAUGUUGGGUUUCCAAUUCUUUCUAAUGCACAAAACGAUUGACAGUGUUAACUUGCUGCAAAGUGUCAAUUAGAAUAGAACAUUGUGAAACAACAUUUUUAUAACCUAAGUGCACUGAGUUGCUUGGCAAUGUGGCUGCCUCAAAUUUUGUAUCAAAUCUCUGGACGAUUCUGCUGUUCACAUUUGACCUAUUUGGGAAAUGUGUAUUUUGGCACAGGAUAAUUGACUAAACCUAGUGUUUCUUUUGUUUGAUUGUGCUACUUUUAAGUAUAAUUUUGAGGAAUGUCCAGACAAGUGAUGGGUCCACUGCUAUUUAAAUUCACUUUGUGUUGAAGCCUUUCCUGGGCUUUCUUACUAGUGCUGUAAUUGCCUGCAGAUGUGUUUUGCUUCCUUUUAUUCUGGUGCUGUUCAUCUGAGGUCUCUAGUUCCAUGGAUGCAGCAGUUCAAGUCUUCUGAAUUGUGUGGUACUAAGCAUCCCCCGGGGGAUGCCCCCCAUCUCCACACUGACACUGCGUGCCUGCAUCAGUGGCAUGCAGAACCCAGGCAGUGGUACCUGUUGUGGUGAAGCCCUCUGAUCUUCUGAAAGGGUGAUGGAGAUGAGAGCAAAGCAGGGCAGAGGGACAGUGAAGCAGCUGCCAGGGUGUGGAGUCCCCCAAGCCAGUGUCCUGAAAAGAGAAAGCAAACUGAAAUUCUCAAGAGCCUUCUUUCCUAGAAAAACCCUCCUCACGUCAGGGCUUUCCCCACAUGUGCCCGGACACUCGUCUGCUGGUCAGAGCCUUCUGCUGUUUCCAUUUAGAGCUCAGCCUGUUUUCCAACACUUGCCAUUUCUGCUGCAGGAAGUAAGUGUUCAGGCCACGCUGAACAGGAACCAAGGUAAAAGUCAUUGCACAAAUCCUCCAUCCUGCACUUGGCUGGGCUUCCAAAUGUUCCUGAAUCCCUGGUGCCCUGCAGCUCCCCAUGCACGGGCUGAGAUUGUGAGUUGGGUGGGAGAAUCCUGAAAGCCACCAUCACCUUGUAAUCCAUGGGCAAUCAGAGGUAAUCCUGGGUGAACAAAGCCCAGUGUUAGAAUAAAUGCUGUGUCAUGGGGUUACUCUACUGAUAUCACACAAUCAUGAUUUUUUGGCAGCUUUUAUUUUAGAUGUGCUUCUCUUACAAAAAUCGUAUUUAUAAUGUUGAAUUUCAGGAUGUCUGUUGACUAUAAAGUAUUCUUUUGUUUUAACCGACAGCAUUAUCAUCCUGAGAAUUAAACAUACCUGACCAGCUUUUGAAGAAAAGCGGCUCCUAGUAGCUCCUGUGUGGACAGAUAGGAUGGGUGUAAGGACUCGCACAGAUCUGGGCAUAAGUAAUCUAUGAGGCU